AUGGCUCAGGCUGCUUCUAAAACGUGUGAAAUUUGUGUUUCCGGACCUGGACAUAACUAUUGUGAACAAUGUGACCAGCUGUUUUGUGAUGGAUCAAGUUGUCCAGACUAUAAGAGAAGAGGGCAGACGAUCGAUAAGGAAGUUGAAGGUCUUAUUAAUACGCUACAGAAGAAAGACACAAAGAAUGUUCAAACCUUACAGUCGAUUGGCAAUGAGUUGAAAACCACUUUGGACAAGGCAAAGGAGCAGCAGAAGUUUUACCAAGACACCCUGGGUAUAAAAGAUACUACGAAAUUAUUACAAAAACUCAAACAAAUAAAGUCACAAAUCGAUCAAAUACAAGAAAUACAGAUUCCAAUUAUGCCAUCAGUCGAAUAUGUUAGACAAAAAGUAGCAGAGAGUGAAAUAGGGAAACUGUUUGGGGAAUUAACAUUUGGAGAAACUGUCAAAAAAGAAGAAAACAUGAAACCUCAGAAGAACGUCAGGUUUGUAUUUAUAAUAGACAUUUAA